UGUUAGCCGGGUGAGACAAAUACCCGUCAGGUUUAUUCCAUACUUUAGAUCGCCAUCUCUCGACAUCUCUAAGAGAAUUCACUUCGUAUCGCUGUAUACUUGGUUCUAAAUACACUCAAGGAAUAAACGGUCGGUAAUUGACCUGCGCAACUCUUGGGUGAAUUGUGGAGCGUGGUUGGUUUCAUUGUAUUACAGUUCCUCAGAAAAUCACGAGGACAUAUUAUCAAUAUGUGACUUAUAGAUCUAAGUUGUUGAUUUAUCAAUAUGUGACUUAUAAGUUGUGAUAAAACGGAUUUAAAAUACAGACAACAAGACAGCAACAGAUCGAAACGGUUCAAAGUCGAUAGGAAAUUUUAUAAUCAUAACAAAAUAAACGUCUAGCAAUUGUUUUGUAUCGUUAAGCGUGUGCAUUGGGUGUUUUUAUUUAAUAUUUAGUAUUUGUUCUUCUCCUAUAUAACUAGUUCGUGUAGUUUUGUGUGUUUCCUGUCGAAGACCUAUCAGGAAACAUUAUCAGUGGUUCGGGCAUUAUUUCAAGGAUUGUGUGCCGAAACUAUCGUGUAUUAUCGUAGGAUAUCUUGUAAGAAUUAUUACUGACGACAUGGGCUCUGAAUACGACGAUUUCGAAGAGGAGCUGAUAGGGAGCACAGCACCACAGCGCAACUGGCGGGGAAUCAUCAUCGCCCUGCUGGUCAUAGUGACAGUGCUGGGACUUAUCGUAACCGCCAUUGUCCUCGUCACGCCAAGGGAGAUUGAAGAAAAUUUUGGAGACAAAUUAUCAUACAAAGAUGUUAUAAACCAUCAUUUUGACCCGAAACCAUUCCAUGCAUCUUGGAGAUCAGGUUCAGUACUCAUGUACCGGUCAGAUGACGGCGGAGUGGUACAGUUCGACUGCGAUUCCAACACCUCCACACUUGUUAUGGACAAUACCACGUUUAGGGAGCUCAACACAGAGUCCUACGAGAUCUCGGCAGAUGGAAAAUUCGCCAUUUUACCAUACGAUAUCAAUUAUAUAUACAGACAUUCAUUUGUAGCGAAAUAUAAACUGUUCAACAUUAAAACACGUUCCCACCGUGAUCUCGUGGGCCCAUCAACGCCACAGCAGGAGGGCGAGCUGACCUUUCAGUGCGUCACGUGGUCGCCAGUGGGUAACAGUCUGGCUGUCGUCGUACAAAACAACUUAUAUUUAUUAAAUGACGUCGAAAGCAAUACGUGCGUUGCCUUGACGACGGAUGGGGCGAUGGAGGCUGUAUAUAACGGCGUCACCGACUGGUUGUAUGAAGAAGAGAUUUUACAGUCCAGCCGAGCUCUCUGGUGGAACGCGGAUGGCACGUUGCUGGUUUACGGGCACUUUGACGACCGUGACGUCACGCGCUAUACUAUGACGCUAUACGGGCCCGCCAAGAAUAAAUACGUGGAAAACAGACGUCUGCCGUAUCCGAAGGCAGGAACCAGGAAUCCAUCAGUGGAGGUUCGAGUCUACAACCUGAUGACGAACACCACCAAGGCCCUCCCACCUCCAAAUGCCUUUCUGAAGAGUGACUAUUAUUUUACGUCUGUCACGUGGCGAGAUUCCAGGCACGUGCUAGUCACGUGGUUAAACAGACAUCACAACGUGUCCAUCGUGUCGAUCUGCGAUGCAAUAUCCACCACGUGUUGGGAUAAUUUUAGAACUGUUGCAGAAUCAGGCUGGCUAGAUAUGACAUCCCCGGUAGUUACGUCAGAGAGGGACACAUACUUCCUGAUUCUGUCUCAGAAAGAUGUCAACACGGACAGCUUCAAGCACAUCGCUCAAGUGGACGCUCCUCUCAAAGGGGGGGUCGGGUCGAGCUACUUUGUGACAGCGGGACCCAUAAACGUGCUCAAGAUUGUCGGCUACAAUCCAGAUCUCAGUGAAGUGUAUUUUCUAGCGUCUAAGAACUCCACGCCCAUGGAAAGACAUCUAUACAGUUCUACCACAGACAAAACUGACCCUGACUUCCGGCAGCCCCAGUGCAUCACGUGCGACCUUGACCCCGACUGUCUGUACGUGGACGCCUCGUUCAGUGUCAGGGGCCAGUUUUACGUGCUCUCGUGCAAGGGGCCCGGGGUCCCGAGCCACCAGAUCAUGGCAGUGCCAAACAUAUCGGUGUCGAUGCUCGAAGACAACCAAGCGCUGAGGACGUUCCGGCAGGGCAAGGCGUUCCCCAAGGUGGAGUUCCAACAGAUACCUCUCGAGAAUAACGAGUACACGUGGGUGAAGGUUCUCUACCCGCCGAUACUCAAGAAGGACCAGGUGAUCAAAUUCCACGCCCUCUUCAAGGUGUACGGCUCUCCGGGCCAGCAGCUCGUCACGCAAGAGUACGAGGUCGGCUGGGAGCACUUCCAGUGUAUUACAAAUGAUUUGAUCAUCGUGUAUGUAGAAGUUCGGGGUUCAGGAGGGCGUGGCGAUCAGUGGAUGCACGCGGUCCACAAACGCCUAGGCAACUUGGAGGUCAAGGACAUCAUAGCUGCUGGCAGAUAUUUUAAAAGCCAGCAAUACGUCGAUCCGCAAGUCGCUAUUUGGGGCGUGUCGCACGGUGGGUUCCUGACGGCGGCGUUGCUAGGCAACCCAGAGAACGUGAUAACGUGCGGGGUGGCAGUCGCCCCGGUCACGGACUGGAGAUACUACGAUACUUUCUAUACGGAGAAGUUUAUGGGUUAUCCGACCGUUGAUAAUCUUGACGCAUAUAAUAAUUCCAACAUAUCACGUUUUGCGGUCAACUUCAGGACGUCUAGAUUCUUGUUGGUGCACGGAACAGGGGACGACAACGUGCAUUUCCAGCACUCUGCUCAACUGAUGAAGGCAUUAACGGAACGUGACGUCUACUACAAAUCACUGAUAUAUACGGACCAGCAGCACUGGUUGAGCGGCGGAAACACCCGCAACCAUCUCUACAACAGCAUCGAAGACUUCAUCUUCAAGUGUUACGGCAAGACCGCCCCGCGCCACGUCGAUCCGCCUGUCAUCGAAGAGGAGGAGGACUGAGCGCCGGAAGUUCAACUUCUACACACAUAUUAUGUUGACAAGUCGCGUAACAAUAUAUUAUUAUUACAGCUAUGCCGAUGAUCGGACAUGGGUGCACGGGAUAUAUUUUGACUCAGAGUUGAGCGUUGCAAAAACUUUGAACAUACAAUUCAACGCCGGAAAUACAUUGACCAUACAACAGUACGCCGAAGUACUGAGCUCGGCUCCCUGAAUGAUCGUUAAGGCAGGAUUUUGAGUAUGAAUGCUUUACAAAUAACGUGUGGAAAGUGCAAGUUUUCCCUACAAUCAGCUAGGACGAGUUAUGAUUGAGCGUGACAAUCCUUUCAUUUCUGAUUGGGUAGUCGAUACAAUAAAGGACAUUGAAUACUUUCUAUGGCCAUUUCUGUCGACUAAAACUAUAGGUAUAAAUCUGAAUUAACGAUGUGAAGAUCAAUAUUAGAUGUAUGUUUACUAGAGAUCAUAAACCUCUUGAUUUGUAAGAAAAUUGUGUGCUAAGGUGUGAAAGUGUGUGUUAUUACAGCGUUGUUGCGAAGAAACAAUAUUAAAUUAUGCUUCAUAAGUUGUAAAUAUGUGUAGGUAAAAUUGUAAAUACGUUUCAAUCAUUCCCAUGUAUGAUUUUUAUCAGAAGAUUUUAUAUCAUUAUGUUGCAAUUUUAAUGCGAUGGGAAAAUGUGUUCAUGUAACACGUUAUAACAAACAUAGUGUUAGUAUGAACAAGUAAUCUGUGUUUUUAUGAACAAACAGUCUGUGUUUCAAAGGUAUAACAAGUUCUUCAAUAAAGACUGCGAAUACAACUGUUCAUUAUGGACUGUUGGAAUAUAAGAAGUGCGAUAUCUUACUGUAAGCGUGUUGUGCUUAUAUUGUUUGCAUUAUGAAUUGUAUUUAAAAUAAUUACUUAACAUUGUUAAAAAUUCUCCUUUCUGUAAAACCAAAACCGGAAGUCAAUACUGGUGUAUUUCUGAGAUUGUUCGGAGUGGAAGUGUGCAUUUAUAUAUAUUUGUUUAUGUCUUCCGUAGCAUAGAGCAACCGUUCGAAACUAACUAGCAUGCAAUUGAGUAAAAAAAAUUUUUUAUUGUUUUUAUUACAUGAUAAU